CUGAGGAGCUUGCAGCUCUGGGCAGAGGCGCUUUCAGGAACUCAGCUCUUUGGAUAAAACAUCUCCUCUUCACUUGAGAGCAUCCUUCAGCGAGAGCAGUGCAGCGCCUUUUAAAAGCUUUCUCUACCUGGAGGAUUUCCAGAAAGUCUCUUACGUACCUCUGUCCUCCUCCUCUCCCCCUCCCUCCUUAAAUCUUACCAGGCAGAUCCAUAUCAUUAAUAUUUCAGUACCAGCUGUUUGCAGGCAUUGGCUACUCUGCAGCGCACUUAAUCAAUAAGAGCCAGAGAAGGCUGCAAGGUUUGUCUCAUCAUCCUCCUCCAGCAGAGGAACCGGAGCAGACACAGAGCCUGGCAGGGGAGGCAAGAUCUAACAAGGGCAGGGUCGCUGACUUCAGGACCCCUCCCAAGGAGCCGCUUGCUGCUAACCUGCAUCCAGCUGCUACCCUGGGCAGUCAGAAGGAUGGAUGUCUUUAAGAAAGGGUUUUCCAUUGCUAAAGAAGGUGUGGUGGCUGCUGCAGAAAAGACCAAGCAGGGAGUGACAGAGGCUGCGGAGAAGACUAAAGAAGGUGUGAUGUACGUAGGUACCAAAACCAAGGAAGGCGUAGUGCAGAGCGUGACCUCAGUUGCUGAGAAGACCAAGGAGCAGGCCAAUGUGGUGGGAGAGGCAGUGGUAGCCAGCGUGAACACAGUGGCCAACAAGACAGUAGAAGGAGCAGAGACCAUCGUGGCCACUACAGGAGUUAUAAAAAAGGAGGACCUGGCUCCGCAGCAGCCGGCGGCUGAGGGAGAGCCAGCUGCACCAGGGAGCACAGAAGGUGGCGGAGAGGGUGAAAAUGAAGGCAAUUAAUCAACUUCUGUCUCAAAAGUUGGAAUCCCAAGGGCAUACAUGGAAAUACUAGCUGACACUGCAGCAGGGACAGCCUGCACUCAGCACUGUAGUCUUUCACUCACCUCAUUAAUCUUAAUAUACAACGUAAGUCAGCUCCUGGUUGUAAAGAGAGGGUGACACUGUACUGGGGGCUCCCCCCCCAACUCCCCCACGUCCUUCGUGGCUUCCUGACCCCCAGCUUUGCGUGUUCUGGUGCUCCGGUUUGUUUUAGUGGGCUCACUGAUCCAUGGCUCAUGUCCACCACCACUGGCACUUGGGGUCUCUAGGUAUUGUGGAGUUUAUUUUUUAUUUUAACUAAUAAAAAAAGUGUUUGAACAA